UUUUUUUUUUUUGCUCCCCAACAGCACCAUCUCUGGCAGGUGGUGCUUUUUAAAGCGUACGCUUGGCUACCGUUGAUGUCGUUUUUGAGAGUAGUUAGGGCGAUUUCAACAAAAGCGACAAGGUUUUAAGAUACCUUUAUUUUUUUAAAUAGGCAGUCGUGGCGUGGCUAAAACACGGCACCGGAAACGUGGAGAAUGAGCUAAAGGAACCAUCGGGGUUCCCCCCUUGUUUUGUCUUCCACCGAGGUUUGGCUUCACCUUUUACAGUUUUUGGAGAAAACGGCCUAAAAAACGUAAUACUGUAGAUAAUUUGUCAAGACCGGGGAAGGAGAAACAACGGACAGAGAGUGGGGGGAGAAAAAGCCCCCACGCCGAGACUGACGAGCUCUCCCAUCCCGGAGUUUGGAUCGCUUUUGGCGUCAAUAUGUCGAUGUGAUACGUUGAAACGCUUUGUUGUUGUGUUUUUUGUUUUUAAAGUAUCCUUUUGUUGUCUUUUUUGAAUAUGUUGAGCCGAAGGCAAAGCAGCGGACGUUCAGUUCUGCUUUGAAAAAAAAACAUGAGGAAGCGUCUCCAUAAAGCCCCUGAAAAUGGCAAGAAGGUCUCGUUGUCCGCGGGCCUGCAUUUGAGCAGAACGAGAAGGAGAGGAUCCUCCGCAGAAGGAGCAGCAGCAUGAUUCUUCACAUUUAUUCUUUAUUGCCCCCCAUCAUGACGUCAAAGGAGGUCCAACGGUGGAGAUAAAUGAAAAGGAUUCAUUUUUUUUGCAACUUCUGAGACGCCCACAAUGAACAAUUUUCACUUCGAUUGCAGAUAUUGAAUUUUUUUUUCUACAGCUUUACAAGUAUUUUUGCUAUCUUCUUUUUUUAUCGAGACUAUUCAAUGGAAGUAUGCUAUCAGCUGCCAGUGUUGCCUCUAGACAGGCCGGUUCCCAAGCAUGUCCUUAGCCGGAGAGGAGCCAUCAGUUUCAGCUCCAGCUCCUCUCUCUUUGGGGCCCCUGAUCCAAGACAGCUGUCCCAGAGACGCGGGGCCAUCUCCUAUGACAGCUCGGACCAGACCGCACUGUACAUCCGUAUGCUGGGAGAUGUGAGAGUGAGAAGUCAGGUUGGAUUUGAACCGGAACAACGAAGCUCCCACCCAUAUAUGGGCAUCGACUUCCGAAACCUUCACACUCGUCUCGGCUGCGGUGCCACGCCAGCAAGCUCCGCCCCCGAGAGGAGGGUUCGCAGACUGCUCAGCCUCCAGAGGUACCUGCACUCGUCCCGCCUGCUGCGGGGAGCCCCCCAGCAGAUCCCCCUCCCCAUCCUUGAUGAAGACUACACUGGACAGGCCCGAUGCAUGCUGGAAAAAGUCGGGAACUGGAAUUUUGACAUUUUCCUCUUCGACAGGUUGACAAACGGAAACAGCCUGAUCACUCUGACCUUCCACCUGCUGAACCAGUACGGCCUGGUGGAGCUCUUCCAGCUGGACAUGGUCAAACUGUGGCGGUUCCUGGUCCUGGUCCAGGAGGACUACCACAGCAACAACCCCUACCACAACGCCGUGCACGCCGCUGACGUCACGCAGGCCAUGUACUGCUACAUGCACGAGCCCUUGCUGGCCAAGUCUUUGACCUCCUAUGACAUCUUGCUGGGACUGCUCGCCGCCGCCACUCAUGACCUGGAUCAUCCCGGUGUCAACCAGCCUUUCCUCAUAAAGACUGACCACUACCUAGCGUCACUCUACAGGAAUACCUCGGUUCUGGAGAACCACCACUGGAAGUCUGCUGUGGGUCUGCUCAGAGAGACCGGGCUCUUCUCCCACCUGCCCACAGAAGACCGGUUGAACAUGGAGCGGGAGCUGGGCUCUUUAAUCCUGGCCACAGACAUCAGCAGGCAGAACGACUACUUGUCCCGCUUCCGUCUACACCUGGACCAGGGCAACCUGUGUUUGAGCAACGCCAGCCACCGCCACUUUGUCCUGCAGAUGGCUCUGAAGUGUGCCGACAUCUGCAACCCCUGCAGACCCUGGGAGCUGAGCAAGCAGUGGAGUGAGAAAGUCACAGAUGAGUUCUUCCAGCAAGGCGACAUUGAGAAAAAGCACAAACUAGAAGUCAACCCACUUUGUGACAGAGAGGUGAACACAGUCGGCAACAUUCAAAUAGGCUUCAUGACGUACGUAGCAAAGCCGCUGUUCGCCGAGUGGGCCCGUUUCUCAGACACGCGCCUGUCCCAGACCAUGCUGGGUCACAUGGGACUGAACAAGGCCAGCUGGGUCAGCCUCCAGCAGCAGGAACAAAGCUCAUCUGCCGCCAAGGAGGCGCAGCCCGGCGCUGCCGCCGCCACCGGGGGCUCCAAAGACAUACCUCAGGGAAGCGGCGCAUCCUGACGCCCCCUCGUCGGGGUUUCGCCACACACUGAGGGGAGCGGGCGGGGCGUCCGCAGCCUGAUCCGAACACUUUUUUUCUUUUCCACUUCCCAUCUUGAUAAACCACUGAUUUUAUUUAAUUUAUUUAAGUUUUAAUUCCUCCUUUUUGUUUGGACACAUAGCAAUACAUAGAUACCUCAUUUGGCUCCUGCUGUAAUUUCUUUUACUUCACUUUUUAUUUAUUUGUCUUGGGGUUGUUGUUGUUUUUUUUGUGGCAUUAUAGUGACGCCACCCGAUUUGAAAGCAGUAUGGAAACUUUCAUAAGUGCCAUUUUGACAAGCCGAGUAUUGCGUUUGUAUCGAAGAUUCUUCCUCACCUUUUUUUGUAAAAACAAAACGUGACAAGCCCGAGUUGUUUUGCUGCCUCUACUAAGACUGUUUACGCUUUUUCUUCUUUCUCUCCCGCCGCGGCUUCACACAUUUGCCUUGGAAGCACAAAUGUGAAGAAGCGUUGUUGAAGCCAUGAGCAGAACCACACACACACACACACACAACAGGUGCCAUAAGUACUCCCCAAUGUGGAGUGUGCAGAAGACACUCGGCGAUGGAGUUUGAGGAUUCUUCCACUCUUGCAGGUUGCAUCUCACCUGAAACAAGUCGCUCAGGGUUCUACCAUAAAGAAGAGGAAGAAAGGAGGCGGUGGGAUUAGGUUGUGUUGUGUCCUGCGCGGCCGCAUGCAAGCAGUCCGACUUGCUCCGUGGAUGCCUUAGAACUAUGCACAAACCACGCUAAGUGACCAAACCGACUCCUGUUCCCAUCAAGUGCAUGGUGUGCUUGUCUUUGAAUGCACUGUCCUUCCAUCCCUUUUGCCUUCUUCUGUUAUGAAUAUUAGCGUUAGAACUACUCCAGUUAAACAUUCCAUUUUGUUUGGGUUUCAUCUUUCUUUUUUUUUUCCAAUUCUGUACAGCGGCACAACUCCACCUUUCUCAACAGGUGCUUUUUGUUGUUGUAAUUACUUUAGCUGAUGUGUGUUUUGGCUGUUAUAAAGUGCUGUAAGACUGUU